AUGACGAGACGUAUAGUCCGCGCUGGCCUCCAGCUAGCCAUCUUCUCCGUCGUCGUCUUCAUUCUCGUCGUCUUCCUCGACAACCGCUACAGAGUCCUCCCCCAAGCCAUCCAUAACCACCUGCCCGCCCACCACCCGGGCUUCGUGGUCACCGACGUCACAGUCAUCACCUGCUCCUCGAUCAAUCCUUUCUCGAGCUGCACCAAGGAUGGCCCCAAUUGGCACCGCAUCAACGAAGACCUCUACCUAGGCAGCGGCUACGUCUCCAAAGCCUACCUACACGUCCGCCGAAAAAAGGAAGACACGCUCGAAUCCCACGAAGAAAUAGUCCUAGACGUCAAAGUCGGCCGCACCACCCCCCAAGACACCACCGACAACCCCCUCUCCAAAGAUGAGCGCUGGGAGUCCCGCCCCGCGGGCAUCUGGGUCAAACUCUCCUCCAAACGGCACAUGGGCGACGCCGCGAAACUAAUCACCGGCGUCGACGUCCUCUUCGGCCCAGAUGCGGCGACCCGCGGCCCCGCCCUCGCGACCCUCGCCAAACCCACCCCACGCAUCCGCAAAGACGGCAAGUUCAAAAUCAUGCAAGCCGCCGACCUGCACCUCGCGACCGGCCUCGGCAAAUGCCGCGACGCCGAACCCCCGCUCAGCACCCCCUGCGAAGCCGACACCCGCACCCUCCAAUUCAUCGAAUCGCUCCUCCUCUCCGAACAACCCGACCUGAUCAUCCUCUCCGGCGACCAAGUCAACGGGGACACCUCCCUCGACGCCCAAACCGCAAUCUUCAAAUACGCCUCCCUCUUCGCCUCCCACAAAAUCCCCUACGCCGGCAUCUUCGGCAACCACGACGACGAAGGCUCCCUCUCCCGCGCCGAGUCCAUGGCCAUAAUGGACGGCCUCCCCUACUCCCUCUCCACCUCUGGCCCCUCAGACAUCGACGGCGUGGGCAACUACGUCCUCGAGAUCCUCGGCCGGGGCUCCACCACCCAUUCCGCUUUGACCCUCUACCUCCUCGACACACAUUCCUACUCGCCCGACGAGCGCCACCACAGGGGCUACGACUGGCUGAAACCCUCGCAGAUCGAGUGGUUCCGCUCCACGUCCCAAUCCCUGAAGCGAAAACACAAGGAAUACACACACAUCCACAUGAACCUCGCGUUCAUCCACAUCCCCCUCCCGGAAUACCGCAACCCACACUCCUUCAAUAUCGUGGGCAACUGGACGGAACCGCCCACUGCGCCGGGCGUGAACAGCGGGUUCAUGGAUGCGCUGAUUGAGGAGAACGUCCUGUUUGUGUCUUGUGGGCAUGACCAUGUGAAUGACUAUUGCGUUCCAGGCGCGGACAAGGAAACGAAAGAGCCGAAGUUGUGGAUGUGCUAUGGUGGUGGGAGCGGGUUUGGGGGGUAUGGAGGGUAUGGAGGGUAUAUACGGAGGGUGAGGUUCUUUGAAUUCGAUAUGAAUGCCGCGAGGGUGACGACGUGGAAGCGGUUGGAGGCUGGGGAUACGGAGAAGAGGUGGGAUUUGCAGACUAUUGUUGAUGGGGGCAAGGGUGUUUUCUGA